AUGGACGAUCUGGAAUCACCACGCGCGACUCUCGACACCUACCUUUGCAUCACAUAUUACUACAUUGAGGUGCUUGUAGCGUUCGUUCAAGAAGUGAACGAUGAUGCACCAGCAAGCAAAACAUGGCGCUCGGCCCAUCUCGACUAUCAUUUUGCGAUGGCAUUAAACAACAACGCAUUCAGCGAGUCCAUGCAACACUCUACUCUGUCAAAGAUCAAACGUACUUGGAAUGAUUUCCGACAGAAGAUGGUCUACACACAUGUGACGCAGCUUACAAUCACCUCGUACCACGAGGAAUUUUUAGAAGGUAUGAUUGCAGCGAUGAUAACACCAAGGAAUAAUAGCACCGGAACGGCCAUCGAAACAGAGAAGGCAAAGAAGAAGGUUCGCUUGAAUCGUGCUGAAAUCAAUCAGCAAAAGCACGCCAGGUUGACCACCCAAAGUGUAAAGACAACGGUAGGGCCAACAACGUCCGCAGCCACAGCCUCCGAAAUGGAGCAUGACAGCGACGAGGCGGCAAGUCUGAUCGAUAUGAAAGAAGAUGGACGGAAAUCGCAUGCAAAUGAGAAGGGCGGCCGUCGAGGACAAGUUCGUGUCAAAGAUGUACGAAAAUCACGUAUACAUCAGAAAGGCGGCCGUCGAGAAACGGCGGCUCUUGAAUUAGAUGGAAAGUUCGGCAUGGGUCGCUCCAACCAUCCUCAGGUGGACGCAAAUAUUAGGGGCAAAAGGGUGACAUUUAUUGAGUCUGAAGACGAGGACGUCAAUGGCAACCCCAUAAUGUCAUCAUCAACAGCUGUGCAUAGACCGACUCGUGCUCCCACAGCUGCUAAAAGGAAUGGAAAACGCAAAGCGAUAGUUGAGUCCGAACCGGAGGAUGAAAGCAGCAACGUUGCGUCACGUGGUACAUCUCUGAGCGUUGCUGAGAUCGCCCAACCAGACGCAGAUACAGACAACGAGGAGAUCGAUGGGAUUGACACGGAGCCUGAUGGCGUUGACAACGCUGCGGCCAUCCCGGAUCUCGGACACUCAGUGCAUAUUCAAUUCCCGUCUACCCUUGAAGACUGGGAGGAAUGGAACUGGAUAGCAUUUCAGAAGGGCAACUCACAGAUUUUCCUGAAGCUUGCAACAUGGAUACUACUUCGAUUCAGACAGCUGGCGAAGAUACCCAUUCAUGGGGAUCUCGACGCGUUGCUGAUUCCCGAGAAUCCGGCAUCUUUUCACAUGGAGCACGAAGUUCCUCGCCCACAUCUUCCAUGA